AUGACCUCCAAAGGUGCCAGUGACACGUCCGGCCAGCCAGGUCAGAAGAGUUACUAUAAGACCGUGAAAGAAGGCGGUUUCGAAAAUUUCCAGCAUUUCAUGCAAAGUCACAACCUCAAGAUGUACAACGACGAUGAUAUCCAACUUGGAAAGGAAAUCCUCCGUCGCUACGAAGAGUACGACAGGGCCUGUGCGGACAAUACGUCUUACAUCACCCAUGAAUCUUUCGAGAAUGACAAGCCUACCGAGGCCAACGCCGAAGCCUACGAUUCGGACUCGGACUCAGAUCCUCCAAGCGGAGUAUACCUCGGUUGUUAUGAGACUAGAGAAGAAGAAGAAGAAGAUGAUGAUGAUGAUGAUGACGACGGCGAUGCUGCUUCCGGCGAGGAAGGAUGUCGUCUCGAUGCAGUAUACAGUCAUUCCGAAUGGGGUGUGGAUGAGCCGGAGUUCGAAGGUUAUCCCGCGUUUUCGGAUGACGAAGAGGCAUUUGGUCAGGACGGCUGGAGUAAUGAGGCUGACUACGGCGAAGAUGCGGCCGGUGGAUACGAUGGGUACGAUGGGCACGAUUGUGAGGACUGGUAG